AUGGCGGAUUGUGUUCGACUCACUCAGGGUGGGGUCUCUGGUCAACAGUCAUGGGCGGGGCUUGUGCAGAGUGAUGUCACAUUUUACAUGCUAAACUUUGAAUGCAUCACAGAGUUCUUGAAGUAUCCUUCCUCUGAUUGGCUAAGAGGCACCGAAGACUUGUUCACUCCACCCUCCCCAGCCGUUUCCCAACAAUGGACUUAUCGUGACGGGAAACUGGUCAAUCUACCUGUCAGCGUCCUGGUGGAGGGUGACAUCAUCUCUUUACGCCCUGGCAGUGAAGCGCCAACUGAACUAAGAGGAAUUCAGGAAGAAGAGCAUGUUGUUUUAUCCCGCAGUGAUGUGUUUAGUCAUCUCUCCUCUCCACCUUCGCCAUUGGACAAUGGAAGGCCCCGCCCACAUCGUUUGCUUCAACCACAGCUCUUCAGGGUAACAAAGUCUCCAGCGGCUGAGGUGGUUCAGAGGUGUUUGGAGCUUUCUCAAGAGAGGCCUGUGUCUGUUCUGGAUAAUGAACGAUUUACUGUGCAAAGUUUACUAGAAAGAGGCCCAGCGCCUUUUGUGCUGGUGCUGCUUCUGGGGCUGAAUCUGUUGCGUAUUUUGUUUGGCGCUCCAGGUGUUGGACCGUGGCCUGUCACACUCCUGCAGUUACCUGUGAAUGGUGUUUUGCCUUUGUUGCCCCUGACUUUCCCCCUGCUUUGGGUUCUUGUGUGCAUGUACGGAGAGGCCCGUGUUCUUUUACAGAUGGGCUCUCAGCCAGCGGACUGGUGGGAAAUGUGGAAGCUGACCUGCAAGAAAUGUUACUCAGUCUUCUGGGGUCAAACAUCGACACUCUGCCACACUGCUAGUUUGCUACACAGUCUGGGAUCUGUAACUGUCCUGUGUUGUGUUGAUAAACAGGGCAUUCUCUCAUGGCCCAGUCCAAACCCUGAGAAGAUUCUGUUCUUUAGCAAGUCCACCUCAUCACAAGAGACAGAAAGACAGAGGCAAAAAGAGAGAGAAAGAGACAAAGAAACAGAAGAGGUCGGCCUGCAGGAUGCCAUUCAGGUAAAAAAAAACAAAAAGCAUAUUUUGAUUAAAAUGAGUCUGCUUUCACGAGUCAUCACAAGGUCUCAUCUGAUGUCUUUAUUCUCAAUCCGCUCAAUCUGCAGUCUGCAGAUGUUAAGUUUGUCGGUGGGUCAGGCUCAAUGCGAUGACUCACGGGUGCAGUUUGAUGACGCAUGCUGGCAGCGUCACGCCCCCUCUCUUCGGCCUCUGGGAUUGGCUGUGCAGUUGGUCCUCUGUGACCCUGGAGUCGCCACCCGCAUACUCCGCCUCUCCGACCACCUGACCCAUGCCGCGCUGGUGCACACUCGACCCCCAUGUCAGCCGGUCCGCCCACCCUGGGGCCUCUGCCAUCUACCGAGGAUUCUGGGCUUCUCCACCUCCGCGAAAGAGCCUUUCGAGCAGAGAAUGAGUGUGGCAGCCUACACCCUGCCCUCCGUCGCCUGCCCUGGAGACCCAGGGAUCAUUGCUCCACCUUCUGUGUCAAUGAGACGGCUUCCUUUCUCACAUCUCAUAGCACUGCUGGUGCACCACACUUACACCGGUGAGCACACGCACAUGUACAGUAUAAAUGCAUCAACAUUCCUGGAUGUUUGUGACAUUACAACAUCACAGCCAAUAGUAAACAGGACCAUGAGACAGGACACAUGUCCCGGCGAUCGUCAGUUGUUCUCAUAUGGCUCGGCUGAUGUAAUUUUGGGUGCAUGCACUGAAUUCUGGGAUGGAGAGGAUAUUCAACCCCUCACAGACUCUGACAGGAAGAAAGUUGUGGAUUUUUAUCAGCGUUCCUGUAUGGCUGGUCAGUGUGUUGCUGUUUCCUUUAAGCCGCUGUUACAACCACAUGACCCAGAAAUAGAUGACACCUGUGUGGAACUGCCUUUGAACCACAGUACUGACACUACAGAUGACGUCUCUAUCACACCCCUCAGGCAGCAGAUCUUUCUGGGUCUGGUGUCCUCACAGUAUCAAGCCCGUCCUGAUAUGGUCAGACUUAUCUCAGGGCUGGACAGUGCUUGCAUCCGUUUUGUCUAUUUUUCCAGUGAAGAGGAAGUUCGGAGUAAGGUGUUUGCCGAGAAAAUGGGACUGGAGACGGGAUGGAACUGUCAUAUCUCCCUCCAAUCAGAGAGCUUCCCUCUCGACCCAGAUAACGUGGAGGAGCCGGUGACCGAGGAAGAGGAGGACAUUCUGCUGAGAGACAGUGUCAGAGAGAGGGCAGAGUCAAGAGCAACUGAGCAUGAUGGAGCAUGUCUCAUCGAGGACCUAAACAGGGCCAAACUUCCAAAAGGAAUAGAGAAUGUGAGGCCACAUCUGGAGAACAUUGAUAAUGUUCCGUUGCUGGUCCCUUUAUUUACAGACUGCACAUCACAGACUGAAUGUGAGAUGGUGUGUAUCAUGCAGGAUUAUGGAGAGGUCGUGUGCUGCCUCGGGAGCAGUCAAAACAUCAACAACAAUGAAAUUUUCUUACAAAGUGAUAUCAGCAUUGCUUUAGAUCCUCUGGUUUCCACAUGUUGCUGGUCCAAUUCUGAUGCAGCUGAUGCAGCUUUGAACACAUCAGACUCUUUAAGUGUAAUUCAGCUCUCUAGCGCCAUCUGUGGGUUGGCUUGUACAGUACAGUUUAACCAACAAGACAACAACACCGUCAUCAGGCUCAUCAAACAGGCACGUCACACCACGGCAGGCAUCAGAAAGUGUUUUCUGUUUUUGCUCCAGUGUCAGCUGUCCCUUGUCCUCAUUCAGAUUCUGGCAUGUGUGUGUCAACUUCCUCCUCCUUUGGGCACAAGUGAUGUCCUCUUUCUGUCCUGUUUCUAUUUUCCCUUACUGAGUGUGUCCCUUCUGGGAAAGCCAUCUGACAAUUCCAUCAUGAAAGUUCCUACUGGGAAAAAUCUCAGAUUCCUACCAAAAAAGACAUUGCGGCUGUUUGUGCUGUGUUUGCUGGUGAAGUUUGGUCUCACCGUGUGCACCUUUCUCACAUGCUUUGGCCUCAUGCUGCACAGUUUCUGUCUUGAUAUUAACCAUCAAGAUGAAGAUCUGUGUCACCCAGCAUCAUUGCUCAUGAAUUCAACAGUGUGGUCUCCCGACUGGUACGGCAGACACUCAGAUGGUCUAAGUCUGGCGCAGAAAGUCAUCGCCUUUCUUGUGCUGCUCAAUGCCAUGUGUACUUCUAUCAGUCAUGUGCAUCGCUCAGCUCCCAUGUGGAAACAGAGCCCACUGAGCAACCAUUGCUGGUGUGCUGUCAUCUGCAUUGUGCCAGUUCUUAAUGCUUCUUUGGCAAUGGUUUCCCGCUUCAUGUGGCAUGACCCUGACCUCCACCACAUGUUCUGUAUCUCUGAUAUUCCCAUGGCAUCCUGGGUGUUAGGAAUCCUCUGGCUGAUCCCGCUGGUCUUUAUCAAUGAGGGCAUCAAACUGCAUGAGAUCAGGAUGAGGGUGAGAUACCAGAAACGUCAGAAGCUUCAAUUUGACACCAAACUCGGCAUGAACUCCCCUUUUUGAUAUGUCUGUCAAAAACAAGUCUCAAAAAAACAUACAAACCUUUUCAUAUUGUCACCACACAUAAGAAUUAGAGAAAAUACAGAUUCAGUAUUAAGAGUGUUGACCUUUAGGUGGCAGUACUGCAAUGAGAACAACAUUAGCAACCUCUAAAAAACACACUCUCUAGUCUGCCAAUGCUAAUUUCAUUUUAUCAACAUGAAGUUAUAUCACCUUACUUACUUUCAAGUUAUUUUACUGCAUGGAGACACCUCAAUCUCUCAUGUUGAUUCUACCACCCCCCCCCACCCCCCCCACCCACAGGUUAAUCUUUCUGAUUUCCUUGAUUGCCUUAUAAUCAGGCUUUAACUACAUGUAUUAUUUUAGUAUUUACUUUUUUAAUGACUCAAUCAAGCACAACCUUUGUUUAGAAUUAUACUUUUCAAUAUUAAGUAAACACAGCACAGCAAAUGUCUUUAGUAUUGUCCAUGCCUUCUAAUAAAACUCAUUUAAUAUACUGACAUUUGAUGUUAUCAUAAAAAAAACCCAAAGCCCAAUAUAUAUUAUCGCCCCGUGAACAGAUGGAUGUGUUAAGUGCUUUUAAUAAAAUGUCAUUUAUGAGAUGCUGGGUCAGCAGAUAUGAGAGUAAUUGACUUGUCAUUCUCCGUGCGUGUGUGAACAUAGUCAUCUACCUGAACACACUUUACUGAUGUCUGAAUUUACACUAUAUAGAGAAACGAGCAGCUUUAUGAUAUAAAAAUGCUUCUGCACACCAGGGAAGGUGCAUGUGUAUUAUUGAGUGUAUGAUAAAUCUCUCACACCCAUCUCCCCUUUGCCGCCUCCGUUAAAACAAUGGAAGUCGCUGAUUCGGCACUCUGUGUUUGCCAUAAAACUCCCUUAUCAGCUUCCUCUACCUACGGAACAAGCUUCCUCUGUCCUCAUUAAUCUUUUACUGAUAAAAUGAAGGUUAACAAACUCUUAAUUCAUCUAAGGAAUAUCACCCGUCGUUUAAAAUCUCUUGUGUGUGUGUACCUGUGAUCACUUAAUGGUGACUACAGUUUCUCUCAUCAAGGCCAAAGGUUGCUAAGCAACCUCACCCUCAGUUACUGUCCUUUUGGCAGAUGAGGCUUUGAAUACAGAUGUAUAUAUAUAUAUAUUUAAAUUCAUAAACUAAAGGGAACACACAUUUUGCGUGUGAUUAUCAUUGCUGUGCCUUGCUGUAGUGGCUAGAUUUA